AUGGGCGUUCGAUUUCACGCAGCCUACAGUGCAGGUCUGCGCGCGAUUUCCAGGGUGGCGUUGCCGCUGGCCAAUCCUCUGAAGAAGCAACAGCAACGCUGCCUACAGAGCUCCACCCUGCGCAUUCGAGGCCCUGCUCUUAACAGGCAGGAUGCAUCCCCCUCAGCAGCAACAGAAGGGGAAGAAGCCGCUGCUACUGGCAGAAACUCCGCUACCCAAGCACCAGGUCGUGCUGAGUGGCCAGCAGACAUCACAGAGCGGGCCCGUCGAGUGAUCGCUGCGGAAGAGUCAAGCCACACUGCGCCUUCGGAAGGCCAGACACUACAGCGCCAUCAUGGAGUUAGCGGUCUUAUUUCGCAAGUAGAGAUGCAACGGCAGCUGCAAGCAGAAACUGCGCAAGCAUUCUGGUCACGCGUCAAACGGACCGUUGCUAGGCCUCUCUCGGGGGCAGCAGCGGAAUUAGAUGCAUCCUUUGGCCACCUCGAGGGGGCUCCCAAGGGUACUGCUGCCUCCCCCAUUGUGUACAAGCGGUACGUAGAUGGAAUGACAGCGGCCCAUCACUACCCCGCGCGUUUGCUGCCCAUCAACGAAUCCACGCAAGUUCCUCCUCGCUUUUUUGUCACGCCGUUCGAUCUCGAGGAGAAUCCGGAUCCGCUAGCUCAUGGAGGCCGUGCUGCAGGCUUAAUGGGAGCUGGACUCUUCAAAAGCCGUACAGGCAUGCAGCCUAGGACGGCCCUAGCGGAGCGUCUGUAUGGCAGAGUCUCCCUCCUCUUCCUGUUCGAUUUGGGGGGGCAGUACUCCCAGCUCUCAGAUGUGGCGGCUUGGCUGGAUCACUUGAAGCGCCAUCCCGCCUUCCUCUCGGCCAUCUACGGGCCGCCCUUCGCCGCUGCCGCGUCUACUUCCGGUAUUUCUCCUUCUCAAGAGCAGAAGAGAACACACCAGCAGCGGGCUUUCAUAGGCGUCACGCCAGCAACAGCGGCUCCAGACCUGGCAUCCGUCUCGUAUCUUUGUGUUGAUCAUGCACCCGCGUGGCUGAGGCCUCUGGCUAUCCGCAGCAUGCGCCGUCUGGCUCCAGCUUUCCACCCCCUUUCGCCGUUCCACAACUUUCCGCAGCGGCUUCUUUCCGCGAGUCGUGCGUUGGAAGGGCCCCCCGUGCCUCCCAAGGACCCCGAAGUGGACUCCAUGCGGCAGGUGGCUGAAGAAUAUGACAGCCUCUGCUCGCUCGCUGGUCGCCAAGCCUUAGCUGGAGGCCUCGUUGGCUCAUUUCUAGGAUACAGCGGGAGCUGGGGAGCUCUAGAGACCGAGGCUUUGAAGCGGAAAGAGCGGCACAAGUUUGUCACCGUCUUGCUGGUGGAUAAAGCUGCGAGAAUUCGGUGGCAUGCGACAGGCAUGCCCACGGAGGAGGCGGUCCUGCUGCUUCUGUGA